GUGUGUACCUGUAAGAACGAUGUUGUGGAUAGACAAGCAUUGUCCAAAGCGCUUGGACGAGUUGACAUCUCACCGUGAUGUCAAUGCGUUAUUGACUAAAUUAGUAGAGAAAUCGCAUGGUGAAAUCCCUCAUUUACUAUUUUAUGGUCCUUCUGGUAGUGGCAAGAAGACACGCAUUCUUGCUACGCUCCGUGCUGUGUUUGGCCCUUCUAUCGAUAAGGUUAAAACCGAGAUUAUAUCUAACGUUGAUACUUCUAGUGAAGUCGUUGUCUGCCAGAGUGACCAUCACAUACAGAUUCCCUGUAGCGAUCUCGGCAGCCGUGAUCGUGUCAUAGUUCAGGAUAUCAUUCGCACUCUAUCAGCUUCACCUUCUGCAUCAAAUUACUUUAUGAAGGGUCCUUCCUUCCGAGUCUUCCUUUUCGAGGAUGCUGAUGCUUUAUCGCUACCUGCUCAAGCUGCUUUACGUCGUACUAUGGAGACCUAUAUUAAAAACGCUCGCAUGAUUCUCCAUGUCAAUCAAUUAAGUCGCAUUAUGCUACCUUUGAGGAGUCGUUGUUUAUGUAUUCGUGUGGGCAGUCACACCAUCGAUGAGAUAACUACUAUCCUGCGUAGUAUAUGUAAAAUCGAGAAUGUAGCGUCCGCGCAGUCUUCCGAUGAGGUAUUAAGGCGCAUUGCCACCUCCAGUGGGCGUAACUUACGCCGGGCCAUAUUGACCCUGGAGACCAUGACUAUGGGUGGUUAUCCUGGUAACACUGUGGACUUCCUGUUACCUUGGGAGCGCAAUGUCCAGCAGAUUGUGAAGUACCUCAUGUCUAACCAAUCGCCUUCUGCUGUUGGUGGAAUCCGUCCUCAGGUGUACGAGCUGCUAGUUUGUUGUAUUCCCGGGGAGAUUAUAUUACGUUCCAUUGUGGAGCAGCUGUCACGCCGUGUCAAGCCUGACUUGAUACCCAGGAUUAUGCAUAUUGCAGCUCACUUCUCCCAUACCAUGAAGCAGGGUUCGCGUGACAUUUGGCACAUUGAGGCGUGCGUCGUGCAGUUCAUGGCACUUGUUGCAAAUUGCAAGCGGUAGACCAGAACAAAACGCUAUGUACUGGUAAU